AUGUGCCCAGUUUACUCCAGCGCAAAUCCGGACAUCGUGUCAUGUUUUACGCAGACGUCGGUGGACAGGAGUGAGAAAGAAGACGAUGUGUUCGAUGACGAUGACACUAAACUGCCGCUGAAUGUUGUGGUGCAGGGAAAACGACGAACGACCUACAGCACGAUCAAGGCAUGCCCGUUCAUUGCGCCGUCUGCCUGUCAGCACUUAGUGAAACUACCCAGCGUGAUCAUCAUGGUGGGCCUGCCUGCUCGUGGCAAGACCUACAUCGCCAAGAAGCUGUGUCGGUACCUAAACUGGACCGGCAUCAUUACUCGAGUCCAGGCGCCGGGCGUCUAUUUAAACAUCCACACCAACCAGCGUGGUCCAAAGUACAAUAAGUUUUACAACAUCGUGGGAGACAUGGAUGUAAAGGUAAACAGUCCGGAUUACAAGAAUAUGGACAAGGAAAUAGCCAAGGUGGACUUUCAACGACGAAUUGAGCACUACCGCACCGUUUAUCAGCCUGUCGACUCAGUCUUUGACAAAGAUGUGUCGUUCAUUAAGGUGUUCGACGCUGGUAAAAGGUUUCUGGUUCAGCACAUAAUGGGUCACGUACAAAGCAGAGUCGUUUAUUUUCUGAUGAAUAUUCAUCUGAUGCCUCGUUCCAUAUUUUUGACUAGGGUAAGAUCAUGUUUGAUCUAUUUUUGUACGCUUAGUUGCUUUUUAUGCGCUAGAAUGUGUAUUCACGUUUAAAA